CGCAAGAAUGGGGAUUUUUCCACCUCGUUGUGCUUUCAGGAACUACCUACUUCCCUCAGAUUCUAUGAAUAGAGAGAAGAUUGGGAGCAGCAGGAGAUGUAUGGUGUAACAGAUUUGAAAGGGAGAAUGGAAGAAAUGUACAGCUCCAUCUCUCAGAAAUAAUUUAAUCUUGCAUGUGACCUCACUUCCUGGACAGUGUCCGUCUUACAGACGUUGCCUGUGGUUAUCAGGUGCCUUUUUUCCCUUCUAUUAUCAGUGUUGUAAAGUUUUACGGCAUUGAAGUCCUGUGGGGUAUAUGGUUCACUAAUCCUUAGCUGCCCGGUCCUUUCUGCCUUCUGGAUACGUUAGAAGUGGCGAUUCAAAGAUGAGUCACAAUAAAAGGUCAGGACUGACAUCAACCAGGUCAAAGGGAUUUUCUGUGGAAGCUGCACAUCAAACCACACAGACAAACAUGGCCAAAACAACCAAUGAUGAUAUUUAUGCAUAUGCGCUGUCCAAGACCCUGACAAAAGUUUCAUCACCUGCGACUGUAGGACUCUACUCCUCAUGUCAGAAUCGAAUUAGCACGAUCCUAGGACAAAUGGCAGUGUACAUGAAGCAGGAAGCUUUGAAGAUUGAGCAGAAUUACGAAGGAAGUUACAAGCCUCGCUCAGUUACGCCUUCGUUUUGUGGCUUUCUAGCGCUCAUUGGGCGAAUGCUCUUCUACAGGCCCAUUUGGACAGAGGAGAACCAGCAGCACCAUAACAUCCGGUUCAUUGAUGUACAUUUUAGUGCCUGGCAUUUUGCAGGCAGUGACCUGCUUUGGGCCGGUCUAGCCAUACGGCUUUUUCAGGCCAUGCAGAUGAACUUUGGGAAAUUACAGAUUGUGCUCUUCCGUGUGGCUCAACAUGAUGUAGAAGAGGAAGUCAAGGAGAAGAGAGUGGAGGACAGUCCAAACCAUUGGAGGUCCAAAAAGGUUUGCUGCUGCCCUCUGUGGUUUCUCUGCCUGUCCAUUCUUGUAGUACCACCUAUCAUCCUGGUACUCCUGUUGACUUUUGGCCCACCCAAGCCUGAGGUGAAACCAGGCGCGGCCGUGAAUGGAACAACCACCCAGGUGGCUGUGCUUGAGGGCCUGGUCAUUGCUGCCCUAGGAGUCCCUGCAGCAAGCGCAUUGAGGUUUGUCUUUUCCAUGGGUAAGAACCUCAUCUUUAGCCAGGAUCUGAACAUCAAGAAGGGGAUGGACAAUGAGCGCAUCAGCAUCCAGCUGGGCUUCAUGAACGAAGUGAGGAAGGAGAUGUGGUUUCUGUCUCAAUUCAUCCAGUUUAUGGAGGUGUUUGAGAGAAGGAGGAUCCGUGUGUUACUGAAGAUCACCAAUCUGGACCGCUGCUCCCCCAAGAAAAUUGUCGCAGUUCUGGAUGCGAUCAACAUUCUGCUUUCAGAUGAGGAGAGUCCUUAUAUUUCCAUCCUGGCCGUCAACCCAGAUGUUCUUGUGCAGAAAGUGAACUUUGCGGAUGGCUGCUUCAGCAAAGAAGACAGAGCUUAUGCGAUGUUGAACCGCAUCGUGACGCUAGCCUUCACUGUCCCACCACUGUGCGAUGAUUCAAAGCGCAAUUUAUUUGACAGCCUCACUAGCAAUUCGAAAAAACCUGAGCAAGAAAAAAGUAGAAAUGGGAGCUUCAAAGCGACCUGUUCCUCAGUGGAGAUUGUAUUUGACACAAAAGAAUCAUUCCCACUGGUGGACAUAAAUCCAGCUGCACUGGAUGUAAACGAGGAGGAAGUAGAGAAGUUGGUCAUGAGCAUCCUGACCAGCAAUGAAAGGAAUCUGAACAAGUACAUGUUAGAGGAUGCCAUGUCUAUGAGGAGGGAGAUCAACUCCAUUCGACUGACUGUGAUAAUUAUGAAGGCCUUGAAGAGGGACCUUCCUCGACCAGAAUACAUCGCAGCAUGGGUGGCCUUGGCUAAUCAGUGGCCCUGCCGCCUCAGCUGGAUCAUCCAGUGUGUGGAAGACGCUCAGCAGAGAGCAGUUAUUGAUCGUAACAAUGAGGCCAACACUGCUGAUUCAAAGACCUUGUGGGAAGUCUUCAGUGAAUCCAGGGCUGAGCUGUAUGUGAUGAGUGCACAGAUAGAGGACCUCCUCGAGCAGGAUGGAGAUCCUGAGAUGUUUGAAAGAUUUCUCAAGAUGGAUUUCCGAUUCACGGUAAAGGACUUGAAAACAUUUGAAGAGGCGACGGUGAACCUGGAUCGUUCAAUUAGGAAGGAGCUGGCUCACCUCAGAGGGACCUCCAGGCUGAAAGAUUGUAGUUGGAUAAGGAACCUUGCCCCUCUACCAAUCACAACUAUCAUCAACAUGGAUAAAGAGGAUGUGUGUGAAGAGUUGGAAAGAAUGAAAUUUCCCAGCAAGUAUAUUGAUAUUGUGAGAAGCGAAGACCUCAACGGCUUGGCACUGGUCUUUUGUGAGGCAGAUGACCUUAAAAACAUCCUAGAUAUGACCUUAGGCGAAUGGGCAACUUUUAGACUGCACUUCCUGGGUUUAUCAUCACAUCUCCGACCACAAUACAAGAACAUGCCACCGUCACCUUCUCAUUCUCAGAACCAGCUGUCGGGAUUUCGCCUCCAUGUUCCCCAUCAGUAGUCGUCUACUCUACUGUUAACAGCAUGUAAGAAUGUAAUCCAUUUCAAGUGUGAUAUCUCUGCAUGGUUUAUCAGCAACAUUUAUCAACAAUCUUUACAGUAACAAUACAGAAACUUGUAAGUGUGAAUUAAUUACAUUUGCUUUGUUUUGCGACAGGAGCUUUUGAUAAACUCUUGAUUCUGCUGAGAAAAAUGUGUAAUCUCGUGUAACUAUGUCAAAUAAUUAUCAAAUGCAUGUUGGUUAACUUAUGGGGGACAAGCAAUGAUAGCUGUACUGUUACGUAAAUAUCAACCUCUGUUGACCUGAUUGUACAUCUGUGUUUUUCAUGGAUCACAUUCUCCUAUAAUAGGUAUUUUUCGACUUGUCACAAUCGGAAAAGCACAUUUCUGGCUGAAUGUCAUUCCCUGCUUCAGUUUCAGAGUUCUGGUAUUGUGCAUGUUGGCUCACUGUCACACGGUAAUGGCUUCACUGUGACACUUUGAUGAAAUUGAGCCAUUGUUUAUGUCACUAACAACACCUGUGCUUUUCUGGCUAUGACAAGUCAGAACGUCUGCUGUGAAAAAUAACUAUUAUGCAUCAUUGUUGCCGUUCUUUUUUCUGUCAGUGUGUUGUGGAAGGUGGCAAACAGAAAAGGAUCCCAAUGACAAAAAGCUGCGAAAGAUGUUACCCAAACAAAAGACACAGAACUAUUGUUUUAAAAUUAUUGUUAUGACUAUUAAAAUAUAUAAUUACAGAUCACAAUGGAAAAUAAUAAGCUCAAGAGGCUCUAUUUUCAGACUUUCUUUCUUCCUUUGCCUCUCACACAAAAGUGGGACAUGAACUUGAAGUUUGUUUCUUAA